UGAAUCUGUUUUGAAUGAAUGAAUCUGUUCGAAGCUCUUUCUUUCUCUGCGCUGCUCAUGUAGUCAUGGCUGUUUCUGUCUUAUGAACUUGUGACUUGUGACUGGGGUGGCUUUUGAGUUAGACUUGUUAUGAUUCAACAUCAUUUAUGUGUUAAUUGGUUUAUUUGAGACUUAUGAAAAUACGAGUAUAUUUACUUUCCUUCUACACCAGCUUUCUGAAUCUGAGGCACUCAAUUUGAGUCUGAAAAUUCUGAGAGUAGAAAAUGCCCAGUAAAGCCAGUACCGAAAAUAUCUGCUAUGAAGGAGAGCAACUUGCCAGUCUGCUGAAAUCAACUAAGAGGGGGAUCAAAUUAGCGAGACGCACGGAUGGAAAUUCGUUGCCAGAAAAGAUAUGGCUAAAGCAACAGUUUUCUAUUGGGGUUAAUGACGUAACCCGGGUCCUUGAACGAAUGAGACCAUGCACUGAGCUGGAAAAGUCUGCUCAACUUCCCCCUUUAAUCAGCAGCACUCAUAAAUCACCUUCGGUUAAACUUCAGGCUGUCCUUGUAGCUUCCGAUACUAAGCCAAAUUGGUUGACUAAGCAUCUGCCAGGUUUGGCUUCAUCAAGAGGGGUGCCCUUAAUCUUUGUUAAAGAUAACAAAGGUGGUUCUUUGAGAUUAGGUGAACUUGUUAAAUUGAAAACUGCCAUUGCUAUUGGAAUUAAGGAAAAAGGGAACCCUAUCAAUAAAAUUUAUGAAGAUAUACUUUAAAAGGCACUGAAUUUAAACAUGGAAAAGACAGGCCAGAUUUCACUGCUACAUUUGGCGAACAAAUUGAGGAGAGUGACAUGCCCCAGCCAUCUAAAUGAAUGGCUAUAAGUUUAUAACCCAUUCUUGAACUUGUAUUCUAAUGUAGUUCUUUAUAUCUAGACUAGAUACAUGUUACAUCUUUGUCAUUUUCAGUCAUGGUCUAUUGUACAUUAAACUUUACAUGCAAGCAAAUCAGCGCCAGAUCUUUAGUUAUAUAACUUUGUGGCGUGCUGGAAUUAUGCGCUAGCACUUGAUGUUGAAGGUUCAACACUACCAACUGGAUCGGCAUUGGUAUUAGCUUUCCGUGCAUUUGGUUUCUCUGAUUUCUGAUUCCCCUUUUUGUCC